UGCUGCGCCGGGCGCGGCUCUGAUUGGCUGCCCCGCCCCGGGAAGUUCGGGGGUGGAAGGUCGGGACGCCCCCGUGCCAGAGUUUCCGCUGCAGCGCGGCUCCGGGCCGGGAGGGCAGAAUGGGUUUGGACUGGAUAGGCUUUGGCUAUGCAGCAUUGGUUACAUCAGGUGGAAUAAUUGGCUAUGCAAAAGCAGGUAGUGUCCCAUCUCUGGCUGCUGGUCUUCUUUUCGGGAGCUUAGCUGGACUGGGUGCUUAUCAGCUGUCUCAGAAUCCAAAAAAUGUGUGGCUUUCUCUGAUUGCAUCUGGAACACUGACUGGAGUUAUGGGAAUGAGAUUUUACAACUCUGGAAAAGUCAUGCCUGCAGGUUUAAUUGCUGGUGCCAGUCUGUUAAUGGUUGGGAGACUUGGACUGAAGAUGAUUGAAAAACCCCAUGGUCCAUAAUUGUGAACAUCAUGUGACUUAAUGUGUCAAUAGGAAGCCUGAAAAUGCAGCUGCCUGAAUGUUCAGAGAGUACACAACUGUUCUUACAUCAAAAUAACUUUUUUUUUUUAAAGACUGGGGGAAAUUGAUGUGUUAAGUAUUCAAAAUAUCAUUUGUUUCAUCAGUUAAUAUUUAUCUGUACUUUGUUCUGAGAAGUUGGGUUAGUGUUAAUUUAAAUUUCUCCUAAUACAUCUUUCAUUAACCACUCCCAUUUUGAGCAGUCCCAAAAAAAAAAGUAUAGACAACAUAUGAGGGAGAGAGGGAACUGGUGCCUAACAUCAUGAUAAAGAAAAUUCCCGCUGUGGGCCAACAGGAGUACUUGGUCAAAUACAAUACAAAUAUAUAUAGUUACUCUGCAUGCAAACUAUCAGAAUGCUUUACCUGACUGCGGUUUGGCUGUAAGAAUGUGUCUAACACCAGCUUAAUAUUUAAUUGCAAAAUUAUGUUGAGCAAAAUGUCAUUUAAAGGAUAUAGUUUUGCAAUAUAAGUUCUGAUUUUUAUACUAAUAAAAACUAUCUCCUUUAUUGGGCAAGUUUGAAUUGGGGCUGGUUCGUGCCCUUCCUGUGGCCUACCUUUUCUUUUCUUAAGGAAAUCUUUUCUGUGUACUGUUCUCCAUAUGCAGUCUUUGAUCAUGUAAAGAAAGAUAACUCUUAAAUGGAGGGGAAGAAGACAGAAUUAAGUGUGUACAUUGUGUUAAUACUGCAUUAAAGACUCUUUAAAGAAG